CCUGCGUGUCCCCCCGCGCCGGGGCCGGUGCAACCUCUCCAGCCUGUGCUGGCGGGGAAGGAGUUCGGCCUCACCUCUCGCGAGAUCGCCUCCUGUUGCUGUCCCCGCCGCUUCUAACCUCUGAUUGGCGGUGCCUGCGCAGCCGCCAUGUUCGGUUGCUAUGCUGUGGCCUGGGAGACGGGGUGUGCUUGAGGGAGGAGGAGGAGGAGGAGACGGAGAAGGAGGAGGAGGAGAAGAGGAGGGGGGAUUGAGCUCUUCUUGCACUCUCACACACAAACGCUGCCCGGGAUUACCCGCUCGCGCCGCGCUGCGUGCUUUUCCGCUCCUCACGCCCCCCCCCCAUAUUGUUCUCUCAGGACUCCUGGGUCCCCCGGGGCUGAAAUCGGGGCCUGAGCUGGGACGGCUAGACGCUCGGCUUUGGCUGAAGGGUCGGAGAUUGGGGGCCAGGUCCCCGGCCCCGGGGCUCCCCUCCCCCACGUUACUUUUGGGGGGUGUGGAUUAGCUCAUUCCCGCAGGGAAGUGGGAGAGCGCGCCGGCUGCCUGUCUCCCUCUGGCUCCUGGCGGCGCCCGCCCGAGGUUGUCCCGCAGUAUGAGGUGGUGCCGGCCACUCGGGGCCGUGGCGCGGCGGUUGCUGCGGCGGCGGCUGCUGGGGGGCUGCUGAGGGAGCCCCCGGGAGCCGCGCGGCGGAGGCGCUGCGCCCCGGCGCGCCCGGGUCUCGAGGCUUUUCUUCUCCAGCCGAGAGGAAGCGGCUGUGAUACGAAGAUAUUGUGUGGACAGUAAUGACCUCACGUUUCCGGUUGCCUGCUGGCAGAACCUACAAUGUACGAGCAUCUGAGUUGGCCCGAGAUAGACAGCACACAGAGGUGGUUUGCAACAUUCUUCUUCUGGAUAACACUGUACAAGCUGUCAAAGUUAAUAAGCAUGAUCAGGGGCAAGUUCUGUUGGAUAUAGUCUUCAAGCAUCUUGAUUUGACUGAGCGUGACUACUUUGGUUUACAGUUGGCUGAUGAUUCCACAGAUAAUCCAAGGUGGCUGGAUCCAAACAAGCCAAUAAGGAAGCAGCUAAAGAGAGGAUCUCCUUACAGUUUGAACUUUAGAGUCAAAUUUUUUGUAAGUGACCCCAACAAGUUGCAAGAAGAAUAUACAAGGUACCAGUAUUUUUUGCAGAUUAAGCAAGACAUUCUAACUGGAAGGUUGCCCUGUCCUUAUAAUACUGCUGCCCUUUUGGCUUCAUUUGCUGUUCAGUCUGAACUUGGAGACUACAGUCAGUCAGAGAACUUGCCAGGCUACCUCUCAGAUUAUUCUUUCAUUCCUAAUCAACCUCAAGAUUUUGAAAAAGAAAUUGCAAAAUUACAUCAGCAACAUAUAGGCUUGUCUCCUGCAGAGGCUGAAUUUAAUUACCUGAAUACAGCACGUACCUUAGAACUCUAUGGAGUUGAAUUUCACUAUGCAAGGGAUCAAAGUAACAAUGAAAUUAUGAUUGGAGUGAUGUCAGGAGGAAUUCUGAUUUAUAAGAACAGGGUACGAAUGAAUACUUUUCCAUGGUUGAAGAUUGUAAAGAUUUCUUUUAAGUGCAAACAGUUUUUUAUUCAACUUAGGAAAGAAUUGCAUGAGUCUAGAGAAACAUUAUUGGGAUUUAACAUGGUGAAUUAUAGAGCAUGUAAAAAUUUGUGGAAAGCAUGCGUAGAACAUCACACAUUCUUCCGUUUGGACAGACCACUUCCACCUCAAAAGAAUUUUUUUGCACAUUAUUUUACAUUAGGUUCAAAAUUUCGGUACUGUGGGAGAACUGAAGUCCAGUCAGUCCAGUAUGGCAAAGAAAAGGCAAAUAAAGACAGGGUAUUUGCAAGAUCCCCAAGUAAGCCUUUAGUACGGAAAUUAAUGGAUUGGGAAGUAGUAAGCAGAAAUUCAGUAUCUGAUGACAGAUUAGAAACACAAAGCCUUCCAUCACGAUCUCCACCCGGGACUCCUAAUCAUCGAAAUUCUGCAUUCACACAAGAGGGAGCCCGGUUGCGACCAUCUUCAGUUGGUCAUUUAGUAGACCACAUGGUUCAUACUUCCCCAAGUGAAGUAUUUAUAAAUCACAGAUCUCCAUCCUCAACACAAGCUAAUAGCAUCGUUCUGGAAUCAUCACCAUCACCAGAGACCCCUGGAGAUGGACAACCUCCAGCUUUACCACCCAAACAAUCAAAGAAAAACAGUUGGAACCAAAUUCAUUGUUCACAUUCUCAACAAGAUCUGGAAAACAGUAUCAGUGAAACAUUUGAUGUUCCAUCUUCCCCUGAAAAAUCUACCCCUAAUGGAGGUAUUCCACAUGAUAAUCUAGUUCUAAUCAGAAUGAAGCCCGAUGAAAAUGGAAGAUUUGGAUUCAAUGUAAAGGGAGGUUAUGAUCAGAAAAUGCCUGUGAUUGUGUCCCGAGUAGCUCCAGGAACACCUGCUGACCUCUGUGUCCCUCGAUUGAAUGAAGGGGACCAGGUUGUACUGAUCAAUGGUCGGGAUAUUGCGGAACAUACCCACGAUCAGGUUGUCCUGUUUAUUAAAGCUAGUUGUGAGAGACAUUCUGGGGAACUUGUGCUUUUAGUUCGGCCUAACGCUGUAUAUGAUGUAGUGGAAGAAAAACUGGAAAAUGAGCCAGACUUCCAGUACAUUCCUGAGAAAACCCCACUAGAUAGCAUCCAUCAGGAUGACCAUUCCCUCCGGGAGUCGAUGAUACAACUAGCUGAGGGGCUUAUCACUGGAACAGUCUUGACACAAUUUGAUCAACUAUAUCGGAAAAAACCUGGAAUGACAAUGUCUUGUGCCAAAUUACCUCAGAACAUUUCCAAAAAUAGAUACAGAGAUAUUUCACCUUAUGAUGCUACACGGGUCAUUUUAAAGAGUAAUGAAGACUAUAUCAAUGCAAAUUACAUAAAUAUGGAAAUUCCUUCUUCCAGCAUUAUAAAUCAGUACAUUGCCUGUCAAGGGCCAUUACCACACACUUGUUCGGAUUUCUGGCAGAUGACUUGGGAACAAGGCUCCUCUAUGGUUGUGAUGCUGACCACACAAGUUGAACGUGGGAGAGUUAAGUGUCACCAGUAUUGGCCAGAACCUACAGGAAGUUCAUCCUAUGGAUGCUACCAAGUCACCUGUCACUCAGAAGAAGGAAACACUGCAUAUAUCUUCAGGAAGAUGACACUAUUUAACCAAGAGAAAAAUGAGAGUCGUCAACUUACUCAGAUCCAGUACACAGCCUGGCCCGAUCAUGGAGUCCCUGAUGAUUCAAGUGACUUUCUGGAUUUUGUUUGCCACGUACGAAAUAAGAGGGCUGGCAGAGAAGAACCUAUUGUUGUUCAUUGCAGUGCUGGGAUUGGGAGAACUGGGGUUCUUAUUACUAUGGAAACAGCCAUGUGUCUCAUUGAAUGCAAUCAACCCGUUUAUCCACUAGACAUUGUAAGAACAAUGAGAGAUCAACGAGCCAUGAUGAUACAAACACCGAGUCAAUACAGAUUUGUAUGUGAAGCUAUUUUGAAAGUUUAUGAAGAAGGAUUUGUUAAACCCUUAACAACAUCAUCAAAUAAAUAAGAAAGCAAAAAGUCUGGAAUAUGUUUAGGAAAACUACUUUCCAUUUUAUUUACUGUGCCAUAAUACUGCUUGCAGGAAAUGGCAUCCCAACAACAAAAAAAAAUGAAGAACUCACAAAAACUGAAAACUUCAGCACUGUUGCACUUUAUGUUUAAAAAAAAAAUGUCACUCUCUCAAAAUCUAUAACUCGUGUUUGAAGACUAUUUCAUGCUUUGCUCCGAACAAAUAGUGAAUAACUGAGUAUGUUCAGGGUAAUUUAUGAAAUUCUGUGUUGGUGCCAUGUAGUCCCCUUCCGGUAGAAUUGCCACAAACAAGGCUCAGAAUUCUCAUCAUCUCUGUUACACACCUGUAUCUUGAAAGCAAAAAGAAGUAAACAUCAGGAGUCAGCUCUGGUGUUUCCCAGUGAUCCAUGUACUUACUAUGCUGAUUACCAGAUUUUAUUUUUUAAAUUUUAGCAAUAUCAUUCUCAAUAUUAGCCAAUACACUGCCUAUGGAUGCAGCACAUCUUUCCCUAAACUCCCCCUGUAGAGACCUGCUGUUCAUAAGAAGAAAGGUGGAAUUUGCUUUUCCCAGGAAAUGCUGCAGAUUGUCCAUUUACCAGCAUCUUAUAGAAAGUAUAAAUAUGAAUCUACAAAUUUUCUUGGAUUUAAUAAUGUAACUUAUAUUUAUCAUAAGGUUGGCUUAUUCCAAAUCAUGUGACUUCACAUACUUGAUGUAAAGGAAUGCAUGCAUUGUGUCUUAACCCCUUAAGUGCCUUGAGACAUCUCUCUAUGUCUAAUAAAAAGGCACUCAUUUUGACCCCACUAAGAGGUAUGUAUGUAUAUUACACAUUUACAUUUUUAUGCAUUUUGAAUCAGUUCACUUUUUUUUAAGAUAAUUUCUUGUAUUAAGAGUUAGGCAGUCAAAGAAGGGUAAGGAAAUUUUGUUACCAAUCCCUACAUUUUGCCAUAAGCAGCAGGGACAAUUUGUGUUCUACUGAAUGAGCAGUCUGCUGCUAUUAUAUGGUUCAGUAUCUGCACAUUGUUUUCCCAAGGUACAAGGGUUACAAUUUAGCAGCUCAAGUUAAGAUGCUUUAUUCUUCCAAUUUUCAUAUUUAUUUUAUCCCUAAUUUAGAAAUGGCAUCUAAUAACGCACAUUAAAGUGAAACAUGAUACUUUAAGCUAAAGGUAAAGCAGUUACUUGUGGUUUAUUUCUGUCAUUAAUUAUUACUCUUCAGCAUUUUUCAAUUCAAUCAAGCUUUGUUCAUACUGGCUUCUUGGGAUCCUUCAGAUGAGGAAUGAAACAUUACUGACUUAUUUCCAAAAGUAAUCCUCAAUAACUGAAAUGAGGGUUUUCUUGACAUUUUCAUGUACAAUUAAAUUACUCCAGUUUAUAUGUACUUAUUAAGUUAUAAGCAUGUUAAUAUGGAGAGUUUUAAUUGUCCAGCUUGAUGGGGAGGUAAUUCCCUUUGAGGAAGUGUAUUUUCCUCUUCAGAUAUUUUUAAAACUUUUAAAUCUACAGAGAGAUAGAACUUUAAAAUUGCCCAG